AUGAGCGUGCCCGAGACGCCGGGGGAGAUGGAGCCUGCCGGGGAGGAGGAGUGGCAGCCACCGGCGCCCGAGGAAGAGGACGACGAGGAGGAGAUGGCAGCGGCGGUCCCGGCCUCAGGGCCGGCCCAAGGGAGGAGUUCCUCCUCGCGGGAAGAUGAGGACUACCAGGAGGAGGAGGAGGAGGAACAGGAGAUGGUGGUCGGGGGCGGAGGCUGCAAGGAGCAGGAGCUGACCUAUGAGCUGCAGCAGGGCUACCGCAUCCUCGGCGAGUUCCUGCAGGAGAAGCACCGGGGCCUCACCGCCCCCUUCCUGCAGCCCUUGGGGGGCGUUGCCACCGGGGAGGAUGAAGUGGCCGAGGGGCCGCGCAGCGGGGGCCGGGGCGGUCGCGGCCUCCCGCCACAGCUUGGGCAGGGCAUGUGUCUGCUGAAGAUGGAAGAGAAGUUCGCCAGCGGCCAGUAUGGGGGCAUAACCGAGUUCGUGGCGGACUUCAGGUUGAUGCUGGAGACGUGCUACCGCCUGCAUGGGGUGGACCACUGGAUUUCCAAACAGGGCCAGAAGCUGGAGAUGAUGCUGGAGCAAAAGUUGGCGCUUCUUUCUCGGCACUUGAGAGAAAAGACAACGAUAGCAGUUACAUCUAGAGGCUAUUAUGGAUUGGAGGAUGAGAAGGGAACUGCAUGUACCUCAACAAGGCGUCGGUCAACACCACGAAGUUUGGCAGGCUUGACAAGUGGAGUUUUUGAAUCUAUAAUGGUUCAAGUUUUGAGACAGGAAGAACAGCUGAGAGCAAAAGAAGAAAAAAGGCUUCGAGAGCAGGAAAGAAAAGAAGCAGAAGAAGCUAGUCAAAAGGAAAUAGAAGAAUGGGAAAGAAAACUACUGGCUCAAGCAGCUCCAACAUGUAUGGAGACCAUGUGGGAAAUUCCAGCUAUUGGGCAUUUUCUUUGUUUAGCCCAGCAAAUUCUAAAUUUGCCAGAAAUAGUCUUUUAUGAAUUGGAACGUUGUCUUCUGAUGCCUCAGUGUAAUGCUUUUCUUUCUAAAAUAAUGACUUCUCUGUUAAGUCCUCCUCAUCGCAGACCUACCUUACAUCGAAGACCUACUUUGCCUUAUAGGACUUGGGAAGCAGCACUGAGACAGAAAGUACAGCAGUGGUAUACUGCUGUAGGGCAGACUGAAAAUCCUGAUAACUGUGCUGAAAAGCUUGGGUUAUGUCCUCAGUUUUUUAAAGUUCUUGGAGAAGUUAAUCCAUUGGAAGAAAAACCUUUUCAUGAACUGCCUUUUUACCAAAAAGUGUGGUUACUUAAGGGUCUCUGUGACUUUGUGUAUGAAACACAAAAAGAAGUUCAAGAUGCUGUACUUGGACAGCCUAUUCAUGAAUGCAGGGAAGUUAUCCUUGGUUAUGAUUAUUUAGAGAAUGCUUAUGUGCAUUUUCCACAGUUCUGUGGUGCAGAUGUACGGAUUUAUAAACAGAGACCUUUUCAGGCCCCAGAAUUUCCAGUUCCACCCAUUAAAAUACAAAGAGUACCUCGGAUUAAACUGGAGAAAUUGAAGUGUCACUAUGUUAGUACAAGUAAUGGAGAACAUAGGUGUAGUAGAGGCCUGCCCUCUGGCUUCAAGAAAGAGCAGGAACUUAAUUUUGAUGCAACUUGGGGUUCUGCUAAAAUGAACCUGGAUAAUCAUGACAUCUCUGUUGAAAUGGAUGUGAAAUCCAGCUGUGAAAUUAGAAUUCGCAGGCCCUGUGAAAUUAAAAAAACUGAUUGUUAUAAAGAAAAUUUAGAGGAACCGGGCAGUCCAGGGGAAGUUACUGGCUUUGGAGAGCCUCUUAGUCCAGGUGAAAUAAGGUUUAUAGAAAAUCAAGAAAAAUAUGGUGAAGCUUCCAGAGUAAAGCCUGAACCCAGUCCAUUAAAAGAAAAUGCUCUAAAAUCCUGCCAAAUACAUGUAAAUGGAAGUCACAGUGAUCAUCCAGAAAUUAACUGCCACAAAGUUGUAAGGGACAUUCUAUUAGAGCAGAGUCACAAGAAAAUCAAACUAACUAAAAUGAGGGCAAAAAAGAAGAAAAAGAAAAAAAAGAAAUUGAAAGAUGUUUUAAAUGAAAACUUACAGAGAAAGCGUGAAAGUCUUCAUUCUCUGGCAUUCAAAUCUUACAAACCUGAGAUCCAGAAUAAGUUAUUGAUCAUCAAAAAGAAAGCAAAACACAAGAAGCACAAAUCUGGAAAAAAAUCCAUAUCUAAAAAAGCAAUCACAAAGAAGAGGAAAACUGUCACAAAGUCACCUACUGUACCAGAAUUCCAGCUUAUUUGCACUAAUCUUGAUGAACUCAGGGAAUUAAUCACAAAAAUCGAGAAUGAACUCAAAGAUCUGGAAAACAGUAGAAAAAAAUCGGGCAAAUGGUAUCAUCGGAGGCAAGCUGUAAAAGAAUUGCAUGGAACGUUGAUACGCCUUUUAAAUGAAUUGCUGCCAUGGGAACCAAAGUUGAUGAAAGCUUUUCAAAGAAACCGGAGCCGCCUAAAGAAAGACUAUGAUGAUUUCAGAAGACAGCCUGAUCAUGAUAAAUUUACUAGAGAACUGUGGACUACUGAAGAAGGUGAAGGAGAUCCUGGAAAAGAAUCUCCUAAAGUAGAAAUUAGUAAGUCUGUAGACUCCACAGAACUUCUAGAUAUCCUGGAGAAAGAUCACAUUGAUUCAGAUGAUAUGAAACUGUCAGAAAUAGAUUUUCCUAUGGCCAGAAGCAAGUUGUUGAAAAAAGAAUUGCCUUCUAAAGAUGUUCUGAAGAUACUGCCUAAAACACUUAAACGACCGUCUAAACAAAUUAAUUAUCUGGAUGAUAGCACAAAAGAGCUUUCCCCAAGGAAGAAAGCCAAGUUAAGCACAAAUGAGACAACAGUUGAGCAUGUAGAAGGUGCGAUGCAGAUCGACUGUUUGAAUGAAGUAAGGCAUACAGAGCCACUGUUUCCAGAGUCACUUGCCUCAGUGGAUUCGACACCAGUGUCUAUUCUCCAGAAAGGGACCAAACCUAUUCAGGCCUUGCUUGCAAAGAAUAUUGGGAACAAAGUGACCUUAACAAAUCAACUGCCCCCUUCCACAGGUAGAAGUGCUCCUGCAGUGGAUAAACCAAUUAUAUCUCCUCUAGAAGCAAGCCCCAUAAAGCCAGCAUUGACCUGCCACACCAGUACAAAAGGUCCUUUACAAAUGGUAUACAAAAUGCCUUGUGGCCAGUGGUUGCCCAUAGAUCUCCAAAACAGCUCUGUGAAGAUUCAGAUGCAACCUGUGCUAGAUCCUAAAACAGGAGAAAAAAUCAUGCAGCAGGUUCUCAUUCUGCCCAAGAAUUUUGUGAUUCAGCACAAGGAAGGGAAAGCAGUUGCAAAAGAAAUACUGCCACUUCAACAGAAAGGUACAGGACAGCAUUGUUCAUCUUUCCCACAGACAGCAAAUGUAAACUCUUCUUUAGCAUCAGUUCUUGUCAGCUCAGCAGGAACUGUUUCUAACCAACUACCUAAUAGGACGAUUACACCUUUGUCAAAUGUGAGUAGUGGUAGGCCACAGCCUUUGUCACCUGUAACCUCCAUAAGUAACUUAUUAACACCUCCAGUUAAGACUAGCCAGAGUGAGUCAGGAAAAGUCAAGAAUGCAGUUUCAGCAGCUAUAUUCUCCCAGUCCAUUGCUUCAUCCACCAUUUCCUCAACAGUUCAGCCUCUGUUAUCAGCAACAACACUAAGUGGGUCUCCAAAUCCUGGUAGUUCCCUCAACUGUUUUGCACAACAAACUGCUGAUUGUUCUGAAGCAAAGCAAGAAUUGAAAACUGUGUGUAUAAGAGAUUCACAGUCAAUUCUUGUUAGGACACGAGGUGGGAACACUGGAGUUGUAAAAGUACAGACCAGUCCAGAUCAAAAUUCACCCAAUAGCUUAUGUGCAAGUUCAGUUUUCACUUUUGCUCCUCAUCUUCAGGCAUUUCUGGUGCCCAGAUCAACAACUUCAUCAUCCUCUGUUUUUUCACCCACAGUUGGAAUGACUACUACUUCUAGUCUCCCACCUUUUAGCCAAACACCAACUUCUGUUUCCAUUCCAUCUGGCUUUAAUCCAUCAGUGGGAAAGAAUCUCAAGCUUACAUUAGGCCAACCUUCCUGCAGUGGUAAUUUGGGCCACAUGAUAGAUAAAGCUUCACACAUGCCUUCUUCUCCCUUGAAGUCCUCUGUUUCUUCUGGCACUCUACUACCAUCAACAGCAAAUAAUUCAGUUAGUGUAAUUAGCAUAUCAACAGGAAAUUUUGGACAAACAAGUGCAAAUGUUACUCAUACUCCAAAUAAACAGCAACAAGUAGAUUACUUCACAAAAAGUUUCCCUGUUACAAGAUCGGAAGCAACAGCAGCAAGUGGAGAUGUGAUCAGUGGGACUGCAGUUCACAAACUUAUGCUUGUGUCAGCUCCGUCAGUUCUUUCUUCUGGCAGUGGAACUGCAAUUAAUGUGACACCUGCACCAACAUCCACAGGUGUUUCUACCCAGAAAUUAGUUUUUAUUAAUGCUCCAAUUCCUAGUGGCACUUCAACUCCAACUAUUUUGGCAGAGCCAUUAAAACAAACUCUUCCUCCCCCCUUGAAUAAAACAUAUGUUAAGACUCCAGAACAACCCCAGAUAGUACUAAUUCCAUCUACAGUGGGAGCACCAAUAAAAAUAAAUUCAUCACCAACUGUGUCUCAGAUAAAAGAUGUGAAAAUUGGACUAAACAUAGGUCAAGCAAUUGUAAAUAGUUCAGGAAGUGUGCCAGCUAUACCAUCAAUUAACAUAUUGCAAAAUGUAACCCCAAAAGGAGAAGAAAAAAGUACCAAGGGCUAUGUCUUGCCAUUGUCAACAAGUGGUAAUUCAAUUCCAGUAAGCUCAAAUUUUGUGAGUCAAAAUAUUACUCCUGUUAAUGAAUCAGUGGUUUCUGCAACAAGAGCAGUAAACAUGUUUUCAGUAACAGGAGCAAAUGUGUCUUUGGGUUCUCUUUCAGUGACCUCAACCUCUGCUUCAGUUGGGACACGACCUCCUGUUUUAGUCAGUGGAAAUGAUACCUCUUCAAGAAUUAUGCCUAUUUUGUCAAAUAGACUUUGCACAUCAAAUCUCGGAAACACUGUGGCUAUAUCAACUGUGAAAACAGGACAUCUUGCAUCAUCUGUUCUGAUUUCAGCUACACAACCAACAGUGUCUCCUAAAUGUUUAACAUCAGCUUUGCAAAUCCCUGUUACUGUUGCUUUGCCUACACCUGUGACUAUAUCCCCUAAAGUAAUCAACACGGUUCCACAAGUGGCACCAGUACCAGGAGCCACACGUUCUAUAUCUCUUUCUAAAAGACAAUCUUGGACUUCUGUCCAGUUUCAGUCACCAGGGAUUUCAACUACAGUGCCAACAAAUAUAAAUACAAAUAAACCUCAGACUGAAUUGCCACCCCUUUCACCAAGUCCAGGUAAAGUAAUUAAUAUUUCCAGUUUUGCUUCUCUCCCAAACCAGCAGAUGUCCCCUGCUUUAGUAAAAUCAACCACCAGUCACAGUUGUGCUCCAGGUGGUUCUGCCAUUCACACUGCUACAGCACCAUCAAAUGUAAAUAGUGUGAUAGGGGGUCAGUUGAGUGAACCUUCUAUUCAGCAAAAAAUAGUCAUCAACACCAGUACACCUUUGGCACCUGGCACUCAGAUCAUGAUUAAUGGAACCCGGUUUAUUGUUCCACCACAAGGUCUUGGAGCUGGCAGCCAUGUUCUUCUUAUAUCUAGUAAUCCAAAAUAUGGACCUCCCUUAGUUCUUAACAGUGGCCAAGGCCUUCUGCCUACAUCAGUAGAUAACCCUGCCCAGAAGAUUACCCUAGCAUCAAAUAAUUCUUUAAGUGGGCAGCCUGUGAAACAUUCUCUAAGAAGCUCUACAAAAAUUGUAAACUCUCUUGGGAAUGCCAGUCCUCUACCCACAGUACAUACAACACCACAAAUCAUAAACACAACUGCUAAAGUUUCUGUUCCACCUCCCACACCAACAGUAUCAUUGACUUCAGUAAUUAAGUCUCCUCCUGCUACUAUUUUGGCUAAGACAUCUUUGGUUUCUGCCAUUUGCUCUACUAAUCCUCCAUUGUCAAGUAGCACCUCAGUAUUUCAGUUAGACACGUCAGUCAAAAAAUUGUUGGUUAGCCCAGAAGGAGCCAUUUUGAAUACCAUAAAUACUCCAGCAUCUAAGGUUUCUUCUCUCUCUCCAUCUCUCUCUCAAAUUGUCGUAUCUGCCAGUCGAAAUCCUGCCUCUGUCUUCCCUGCUUUUCACUCACCUGACUUAGAGAAGCCCGACACAGCUGCAUCUUGAAUUUAGACUAAACGAGCCAGUUUUUAAAUAAUGGGGCAUUGUUUUGACUCCC